GUUUUGCUUUGAACCACGCUUUUGGGUGGUUUGCUUCUGAGCCAUGGGAACUGGGGUGGAUAAACUCGCUGCACCUUGCUUUGUGGCUGUGCCGCCAAGCCUCAACACGCCAAGCACGAGUUCGAGGAAGCCUUGGCGUCCGAGCAGCUCCACAAGCCACGCAAACUUUGCCAAAUACGGCUCGACAGCAGCGAUGAUUGCCGCGAUGGCGGUGCUGCCACAAACACGGCCAGGUCGCCGAAGAGUGGCGAUGUUUGCGACGAAGCAGCAGAAGCGGGUUCGACUCUCUGAAGACAUGCCUAAAGGUGUGGACUUUUAUGAUGUCCUGGGCGUUGACAAGCUGGCCACGCAAGAUGAGAUUCGCUCAGCCUACAAGCGCCUGAUCAGAGAGACACAUCCAGAUGUGAAUCCCUCAUCUGAUGCAGCAGACAGGUUCAUUCAAGCCCAGGAAGCCUUCAGGUGGCUCUCGGACCCCCAACAGCGGGAGGUCUAUGAUGGCGUCGGCGGCAAGUUCGGUGAAGAUGCGCUCUAUGACUAUUCGGACGAGCCAAUCCUGGGAAGCCUCACUGAGAUCCAAGAGAUCGAGGAGCUCACGGCUGCGAUCGACCUGGUGAACCAGUGCCGUAGAGAGAUCACAACGAGAGGUGAAGUGAAAAUCAAGCACCACAUCUCGGACAUUCGGCAAAGGUUUAGGGUCUACGGUGCUGAGCGCAUGAAAUACGUCCGGAACUUCUUCAACCAACGUCUCAAGAAGAUCUUGGGAUACCCCAAACUCAUCAGGCGCCUUCAUCCCUUUGAGCGACUCAGUGUAGAGCUGGCCUUGACACACCAUUGGAACAAGACUGGAGUGGCCUUCGGCCAUGCCUUGGCUUGUCUGAAGGAGCUUCGUUUGCAGAUCCAUGAGAUCGGCACGCACCGGGCUAACGCCUGCAUGGUGGCCGAGCGUGGCCGAUUGGCCACCUUCAUUGCUGAUGAGGGCAUUGAGGAAAUCUUCGAUCUGGUGACGGAUUGGGAACCAGUCUUCCAGCAGUUCAUCGGUUGCCAACGGGCCGUUUUCAGAUCCCCGUCCAUUGACUUGGACAAGCCAACCGUGGUCUUUAUCGGGGCUCCAAAUGUGGGUAAGUCGUCCUUGGUGCGGUCAAUCUCCACCGGCAGACCCGAGGUCAGUGACUACUUGUACACCACAAAGGAACUCACCAUCGGGCAUCUUUGGCACUUCAUUGCAGGCACCCCGUUGCUCAUUCAUGGUCAGAUCGUGGACUCCCCUGGCCUGAAAUUUGGUCCAGGUGGAGACCACAAUUUGAUGGACAAGCUCACCAUAGGUUCCAUGGAGAACUUGCCCACUGGAGUGGUCUUCGUCUUCGAUCCUUAUCCAUACACUCACGGGCUUUUGGAUGUCGACGCGCAAGUGAAGCUGCGUGAUUCUUUGAGGGCCCGAUUCCCUCGUCGGCCAUGGUUGGAUGUCAUCACCAAGAUCGAUCGGACUGAAGAAGAGGUGAAGGAAAACAUCGAGCGCCUGAUGACGCUCUAUCCCGAUGCUCUUCAGGUGAGCGCAUUUGAUGGGACUGGCCUGGAUGAUCUGAACAUGGAGGUUCGAGGAUUGCUGGAAGAGAUGACCAAGGUGGUGCGCCAACUCCAGCGCACAAAGAUCCGGCAGCUGCGGAUGGGAGACGUGGAAACUGCUGUCAACAAGGAGGCUUUAUCUUUGCGCUGA